AUGGAGACGAUUCGGAACGGGCUGUCGCCCAAGAACCUCAAAGUUCGCAAAGCCUCAGACUCGGUGAUCGCUACUGUUACUCCAGUCAGCGAUGCUGAUGUUCAGUCCGAGAAAACUGUCACGACCCAGAAUGCAGACGUUGCAACAGAGAGCGUUCCUGCCACCAUCGUCACUGGCACCACUACAACAACCACCUCGGGUUCUACUACAUCCGUCUCCACAUCCACCACACACCAACAUGCCAGCACCACAGCUUCGAUCCGCACCUCCCGCAUCGCCGAGACCAGCUGGCUCAUCCGCUCCCACAUCUGCAAGCUGGGGGACUUCAGCGAGACCUUUUUCAAGAAUUUGGAUCUGGAGUCCUACCUUGAGUACAUUUCUGAUGAGCGGCUCAUUCACAUGCCCCGUCGCGGUAGUGACUGGGAUAGAGUUCUGCGGGCUGCCCAAGUCUUCGGCUUCCAGUUGUGGAGGUUUGGAGUUGGCGUAUCUCAGUUCUGCCCCGGAACCGAAGAAACCUCCAAAACCGCACUCGGGAGCACUCAGAUCUUGUUAGAGAUUGGUCCACAGCAGGCCCGGGCCUUGGUGCCCACUUUCCAGGCGCUGUAUGAGCUGGCACUCGUGAUGCUACAUGUCAGCCAGAUUCACGACAUUUUCCAAGCGUCACGGGAUGUCAAAGAGGCUGUCGCGGACCUCUAUUGUGACAUCGUUGCCCUGAUCGGAAACAUCACCGUCUUCUAUCGUAACGAAAUCAGCAAGCUUGCCGCCGGAAAAACUGUCACGCUCAACUUCGAGGCUGUCUUCGGCGAGGAUGUGUCAAACAUUUACAAGAGGCAGACAACCAUCACGUCCCGGAUGUGGUCACUCAAGCUGGGUGGCCGCAAUGGCAGCAUCAGCCUUGACUCCCUUCGUCGACUGCUCAAGCAUGAUCGUUCCGUCAAGGGUGCCUUCUAUGACCAGGUCACCGAGAGCAUGAAGAGGGCCGAGGGAACGUGCGAAUGGGUCAAGGAACCUUUGAUUGAGUUCUUCCGUGCCCGUGAUAAAGCUCUGACCAUCACCGGGGAUUCGGGAACGGGAAAGACGGUGCUCGCUGGGUGGAUCAAGGAGCGUCUCCAGCGCCCAUUGAACCAUACACAGUACUUGGCCCUGAUCUACUCGUUCCCUUACGAUUCUCCUAGCCAGUGCACACAGCUCGCCUUCCUCAAGAGCAUCCUGUUUCAGCUACUAGACCGAAGUGUCGGUGACGUCAACUUCUUUGAGAAGCUGGUCACUGCAUUCGAGGAGUACAACAAGCACCACUCAGCCUCGGAACUGGAGAAAUCGCUCUGGGCAGCUCUCGAAACUGGCCUCAAGACCUUGAAUGACCGCCGCAUCAACCUGGUCAUGAUUGUUGACGGAUUCCAUGACCUUGCUGGCGACAAGAGCCCUUUGGAGUUUCACAAGACACUGCGUGAAUGCAUCUCCAAAUUUGAGACUGUCCGGAUCAUCACACUGUCCAAGGCCAUCUCUCACCUGAGUGAAGGGUGCAGUCACUUCACCCUCACCGCUCAACACCUAUCCGCCGAUAUCAAGGCAUAUCUCCGGCAAUCCUUCUCCAGCCUAUCCACCUUCUCUCAGCUGAGUUUGGAGGAUAAGGAGAAGAUAGUCCAGGAACUGACACUAAAGGCCAAGACAUCGUUUACCUGGUCAUACCUCGUCGUUCGGCUGCUAUCCAGAGAGACUUCCUCGGACUCGUUCGUCAAGGCGGCACGUGGCACUAGCGCGAGCAUAGACGAGACACUCAAGAAGCUAGUUUCCACUAUAUCAUUCAAGAAUGAGGCCACCCGAGCCAUGCUGUCGUUCAUGCUUGCCGCUUCUAGGCCACUUCUGGUGGCCGAGCUCGCUGAGCUUAUGCGUCUCAACAUCGGCAGCCGACAAUUCGGGGAGGAUUUGGACGUUCCUACUUACAUCAAGUCCACCAUGGGCGACAUUGUCGUCAUUGAAGGGGGCUAUGUGCACUUCAAAUGCAAGGCCGUACACACCUAUGUCCAAAGCCUGAUGGGCAAAUCGCUGCCGUCGGUUGAAGACGCACAGAGCCAUCUGACACUGGCUCUUCUACUCUACUGCAAGCUCAGUCUGACGGACUGCGAACCCUCCUUCGACCUUCUCAGCGACAAGGCCUCUGAAGACGCUUUCCGUUCCCACGCACUCUUGUACUAUGCAGUGAGGCACUGGCAGACGCACUUCCGCGCCUCCGGCUUCUAUGGCAAGAACGGAAAGCUAGUGCUGAACAAAGAUUUCCACGAAGUGUUUCCAACCUCAUGUCGCUUCGCACUCCUGGAGAGGUCGACUUCCUUAUACGGCGUCUCCACGUCGAAGCUCCUUGAGAAGUUCAGCCUUUCCCUCAGGAUUCGGGAGGCUUGCUUUACCGAGAAGCACGUUGUGGUUUUGCAGACCCUGAUCAUUCUCGGCAACCUUCACCUUGGUACUUCUGACCCUCUGUCCGGAGUGCACUAUUUCUACAGGGCGGCCACACUUGGAAAGGUUGUCUUCUCCGGCUACCAUGAGCUGGUGAUGGCGUGCACCAACAUUUUCCUGCAGUACACCGAGACCAUCACAAUCACGAAGAGGACCGAGAUCGUGACGCAGAGAGAGCAAAUGAUCCUGCUCAUGAUUGAAAUAUGCAAGAGCAGAUACGGCAGGACCAGCGACCUCGUCAUCAAGUGGCUGGAAUCGCUGGCGAAGCUCUACGUCAGCAUCAAGGAGGAAUUCAGGGCAACCCUGAUCUACAAGGAGCUGCACGAGAUCUACAUCAUCCGCGAAGGCAAGCAAUCAGAGCGCGCACGCCGUCUCUGUGAGCACCUCGGCGGCCUCGAGCUUGUUAUUCAAGGCGAGACCCAGGAAACGGAGGUGGAUGAGUAUGCCGGCUUCUUCUUUGAGACCACCGAGCAGCUUGAUGUGGCCGACGAGCGCCGCGUCUCCAUCCUACUCCAGUUAGCCAUCUUUUACGAGUCUCAGAAGCAGUAUUAUCUGGCGGAGAAGGUCUACAUCACUCUUUGGAGGCACAUUUCGGAGAUUUGCCGCGUUAAAGCCACGCUGGAGUUGCACAUCACUAAAAUCAAGAUUGCUCUCGCAUACGUCAAGUUCCUGAAGAACUUGAACCGCUCCCAAGAGGCGGCGAACAUUCUCGUCUGCCUCUGGGUCGAGUACGAGCAGCGGUCGUUUGAAGACAAGGCCAUCAUUCUCCUCAUCCGUGAGAUUGGCGUCAUGUUUAAGUCGUUGGGCUUCCUCCACGUUGCAAUCUCCGUCUUCAGCAAGGUUUGGGGCUGGUUCAAGUCCAAGGGAACCGUCACAGAAGAAGAGGCCCAGGAGACCACCGUCUUGAUUACCGAGGUUGUGGAAGAAACCAUUGAGACGACUGUGGAGACCAAGACAACCACCACCACGGUAACCGAAGUCACCGAGACUGUCACCAGGGAGAUUUUCGAAACGCACUUCAAGAGAUGCAAGGACCAGGUCGACCUGGUUUUCUUCAACUCGUGCCUUGCCCUUGUCAAUCUCUACCUCAAGCAUGGCAACUUCAGGGAGACCGAGAUCAUCAUCAAGCGGUCCCUUGAGAUUUCGUGGAAGGCCAUUCUGACCGCCGAGGUCGACAUCAAACUUUCGGAGCACUUUGUCUCCGAAUGCAUCCAUGUGGCUACCAAGCUGGCCAUCUGCUAUCACCAGCAGGGGCUCUUUGAGAAAGCCGAAGCCAUCUACUUGCGCAUCUUCAACGCCUGUAUUGCCUCACUGCGCAUUGACGAUGUUCGAGUGGAGGAGGCACUCUCUAUCCUCAUCAAAUUCUACAAAGAGCAUCACCGCUACGACAAGGUGAUUGAGAUCUAUGUCGGGCUCCUCGCAAAGUACCGCAAGGAUCUCGGCGAAUCUCACUCGCUGACGAUCAAGCUUUUGUACGCUCUGGCUUCCUGCUGCAAGCUCACGGGCCGCGCCGAUGCGUACAAGUACUACCUCGAGAUUGUCAUGGCGCUCAACAAAGGGAAGACAUACUGCCAUCAUGAUGCGUUUGAGGCGGCCGUCAUCCUGGUCAAUCAUUACUACUACAGGAAGUCCUGGGCCGAGCUUCAGCAGAUUUGCGCGGUUUUGUGGGAGACGUUUGUUCACCAUCACAAGGAGUGCGCUUUCACGGAGGAGAUCGUUCAACUCGUGUAUCAGAGGUACACCUACGUCCUGGAGAUCCACGCCAAGGUUGAGCUCUCGGUACUUUACGAGAUCUCGGUCAAGUAUCGGGAGACUGUCAUGGUCGUCUUUGGAAACUCGUCUGAGAUUCUGAUCCAGGCCAUGAUCGCCCUGGCCCAGAUCUGCGAAAGGCAUGAGAAACAUCACCAUGAGUCCAUCACCCUGUACGAGGAGGUCAUCAAGAGGGUCACCGAGACAAAGACAACAACCACAACGAUCACAGAAACAACGAUCACAACAGUGAAGAAGCGCCUUUCCAAGGUGUAUGUGACCGUCAUCACCUCUGGCGGCUCCGUCAGCACGACCACGGUCGAGCGUGCCAUUGCCAUCUGCUUUGAGGCUUAUACCAAGUUGCAGGUCGAAUUGGGCUUCUGGCACAAGGAGACGCUGCUCAAGCUCAAGGAGCUCAUUCUCAUCUACAAGAAGCUCGGGGGCAAGGAGUCGCAUGCCAAGAUUGUUGAGCUGCUCCAGAUUGCCGUCCUCAACAUCAUCACAGCUUGUGCAAAGGCGACAUCCGGUGCAAUUGAGCUCUACUACGCCGCAGAGACACUGGCCUCGAUCUACAUCACCGCUGGCAUAUCUACGACCGGCGUGAAUCUGGUGCGCUACCUUCGGCAUCUAAUAAUUUUUGGCGGAGACUUUGAAGUCGGCACAGACAUCAAUGUCAAGCUGAGUGUGACAGUCAGCAGAGUGGCCUUUGUCUUCCUCGUCUCCCUGGAGCAGCACCUCCUCGAAUCAAUGGUCAUGAGCUAUUCCGAGCUGAUGGCUGCCACCCUGCUCGAGUUAUCCCUGUACGAGCAGUACAAGGGGGCCAUUGAGAAGCAAUCCCGGAUCGAGAUUGUGCUCGAGUAUGCUGCGAAGUUGCGCGCAUUCUGGGUCGAGCAGAAGGCGGAACACUUGAUUGCGAUACUUGACCAGAGGGUCUUCGUCUUGUUUAAGAAGCAAUAUUCGUCGGUCAUCAAGAUCACUCAGGACGAACACAUCCGUUUGUUCUACGUCGGCUUGGUGAACAUCCUGGGCAAGGAUCAUGCCAAGGUGGACUUUGCCGCGCUCACCUGCAAGGCUGGAAACGAUGUGGUUCACUCCCUCGUCGAGGGGGGUGAGUUCAAGAAGGCUCUCGAGGUCGCCAAGUGCACGUUCUACUUUGCUCAUGGGCAGCAGUUCUACAACGACCUGCACCGCGUCAACUACGCUUACAAGUUGGCUGAGUUUAUGGCCGGCAUCGACGUCAAGAAGCCGAGCGAUUCGGCGCUAUGGGCUGAGUAUCUCAAGUUCUCCAGGGAGAUGACCGCCGAGGCCCUCGCCAUCUUGCGGGCGAACAAGAUUGAUCUUGUGCGGCUGCGGUUCGAAGACCUCAGCGGCAUGGUCCGUUUACUGGGAAGCCAGCAGAAUUACGCCGAACUCGAGUCCCUCCUCCUGCGCCUGUGGCAGUCUCGCGAGGUCCAAAAGACGUGGUCUCCCGGCCGCGUGCUUUCCGUCGGCAAACUGCUUGUGCACGCGUACGCGUCGGCAGGCCACCUCGCGGCGGCCAUCGAGCUGUGCGACACCAUGUGCUACAACCUGCGGCGGUCGCGGGGCGCGCUCGACUCGGCCACAGUGGAGAUGGAGCAGAUGUUGGCGGCGCUGUACACGUCCGAGGGCCACGUGGAGCGGGCGCUGGCGGUGCACGAGCUUGUGCUGCGCGAGAUUGAGGCCGCGUGCGUGCACGCCGGCGACUCGGACAAGAAGCAGCUCGCCCAGACGGCCGCCUGGUCCAUGGAGCUGCUCAAGCGCGCACACGUGCGCCUCGGCGGCAGCUGGGCCGGCAAGCCCGAGCAAGAGUUCGCCGUCCUUCACGAGCGUCUGCAGCACAAGCUUGGCGGUGCAGGGCUUGCCGUCUCGCCCCCUGACACGUGGGCCAAGAGUGUCGACAAGUCGAAGCCUGAUGACAUGAUUGGCAAGUAUGUGCCCCUCAGGGAGUUUGAGUGGACGCUGCAGCAGGCGGAUGGUGCCGAUGGGGAGGGGCACUCGCAUGGCCAUGGCCAGAAUGGGACGAAUGGGAGUGCGAAUGCCAAUGGCUGGGGAGCGCUCAAGGGUAAAUCGGGGAGGACCAGGGCUGGAGUCGAUUACGUACGUGUCGCGAGCCAGGAGUGGCUGUCUGCGGUGUGA